CUUGCCUUCAGUGGCGUGAGGAAGCCGAACAGGAAUUCGCUCAUGCUGGAACGAUUCCGUCGCGAAGAUCUUACAGGUACAGAUGCGGCCUUGUCUUGGGAGCUAUUAAUACCCUUUCCUUUGGAUACACCCAGCGCGAAGCACGGGGAAGCGCGGGAUCUGGAGAUCGAUCCGGCCGGGGAUUGGAUGUGCUGGCCAAGAGAAUGACCGAACGGGCUGAAAAGCGUACAAUUGGCCACGCACGAGCCUUUGUCUUGAAAAACUGCCGCUGAUAUAAUAUUAUGGGGAUUCCGUAAAGCACCUAAGUCCCGACAGCAUGGUUCGUACAUGCUCUUUCAGUUUUAGCCAUGUCCGAGUCGAAGAGGAAGAAGGUCAGUCUAGCCUGUGUUGAAUGUAGAGAGAGGAAAAGAAAAUGCGAUGGCGAGCGUCCAAAAUGCGGAAAUUGUGCGAGGCGAAAGCCUUCGCCUGCUUGUGUCUACACCGAUGAGAAUUUGAAACGCGGCAGCUCAAGGUAUUGUUCAUGACGACUGCAAUCUAAUGUGAGCCUAAAUACAUCUUUCAAGUUACGUCGAAUCGCUGCGCGCGCGAAUCAAAGAGCUAGAGGAACGCCUGGAACAAUUGCAACAAGCGGCGACGUCGGCGUCACCAGCUGGGCUACAUUUAAAGCAGAGUUCGCCGCCCAGCCAGGAAUUUAGGGCUCUAAUGUCAACUGAACAGCCUGCAAUAGGGAGCUCCUUUGAAGACAAAGCGACUGCGGUUGCCGAGCACCCCUCCUUUGGGUACAGCAGUACCAGCUCCGGCACCGAGGAGUUCGAUAACGUUUUUCUCGGAAUAGGUGUCAUGGGAACUCCAGGAGGUCUUUUAUGUUCCCACUGUCGGGGCUUCAGAGCCAAAAGGCCUGAAUAUACGAGCCAAUCCACUGCCACGAAUUUCGACUACCCAUUUUCUCCGUGGGCAGAAGGUUCGGCAAAGGGCCAAGGAAUACCCGAUCAACGGACACGUAAAAUGCCACAGGUGUGCCAUUGUUGGGCAGGGCGAUCGUUGAACAUAUCGCACGCUGUGAGAAACUGGACCAUUCCUCCAAGAGCGGAGGCUGAUGCGCUCGUUGACAGCUAUUUCGAGAAAGUGUAUAGUCUGUAUCCCUUUUUGAUUCGACAAGUCUUCAUGAGCACGUACGCGCAACUGUGGCAACCUCAACAUGGCGAAUAUGGCCCGCCAUCGUCAGAGAUUGAGACAGACGCGUUCUAUGCCUUGCUGAACUCCGUUUUUGCGCUGGGAGCACAGAAUGCGGAUUAUCUGGAGCCGGUUCGGCGAACUUCGAUGAGUGCCCUCUUUUACAGUCGAGCUAUCAAUUCGCUCAAGGUUCACUUCUUAGAACAGGGGAACAUCGAAUUUGUUCAAUGUCUGCUGCUCUCCAGUCAGUACCUCCAGAGCACGCAUUCGUGGGAGAUGUGCUGGAAUCUUGUUGGACUCGCUGUUCGAGUUGCCCAAGGAAUUGGCUUGCACAUCUCUCCUCCGCAAUUCAUGGAGAGCUAUUGGGCGCCUUCGUUCGAGUUGGAAGAGGCGAUGAGACGAAGAGUGUGGGCCGGUUGUGUUACCAUGGAUAGGAUCUUGGCUUUGAUCUACGGCAAGCCGCAGAUGCUACACCCCAGUGUAACUUCCAACUUCAUUUACAAUCUACCUGAUCGUUCAGAUGAAGAAUUGUAUAGCGGCGCACUGAUUCUAAAGGGACAGUCACCUCGUAACAUCGAUUUCUUUCUCGAAUCUCUACACUUAAUACAUUACCUGGGGCAGAUAUUGGACUUACAUAGUGCACGAGAAGAGUCUAGCGCGACAAUCCAUGUACCAGGCGAAGCUUUUCGAGAUGGCAAUAGCAGUAUCAGCUCCGAACAGUUACAGAUAAUGGUCAAUCUCGACGCGACAAUGGUUUCGUGGAAUAGGCGGCUUCCGAAACACCUGCAAGUAAGCGCAGGGGAAACAUAUCCUCUUUUCGUGAGGCAAUCUCAAAUGCUGAACGUUCGCUAUCUUCACAUGAGAGUCUUCUUGCUGCGUCCUGCCAUACUAGCCUUAUACAAUUAUAGCGUCGGCUCCCAGCCCUCGGAAGAACUCGAGUCCGCCGAGCAUCAUGUCAAGCUAAGCAGCCUAACUCAAUGUGCUAAAACGUGCCUUGAGGUCAAUAAAGCGGUUAUUGAUGCCGUUUACAACGACAUUAUUGGAGUCCAUACUCCUUUGAUCCCGUGGUGGUACGGUCUGUAUUAUGUGUACUUUUGCGCAACGGUCGUACACGCCGGGCGGCUUUGUGCUCAUUUGCCGGGCCUGGAAAAUGGUACAGAGCUUCAACAGAGCUUUCAGAAAUGUAUGGUAUGCCUACAGAAGUACGAGACUUUUGGCAUUGCUGCAAAGAAAUGCCGAGCGGCUCUGGAGAUGCUAGAGAAACGGGCGUUUCCCGUGCAGCCUCUAACAUCUCUGCCGGCCGUCGCUGAACACAGUGCCUGGAGUACCACCAGCGGUCACGUUUCGCCUCAAGCUCCAGUGUAUGGCCCGUCAUUCCAACCUUCGAUCCCUACGGAAAGCCCAUACGCGUAUGAAGGCUCAAGUACUACUACUACUUCUCACUUCACCCCUGACGCCGACAACUAUUUUUGGACGACGUUUCUUCCUCCAGGAGGCAACUUCUCGUACUAACGUCACGCAAUUACAUCUUCGCGUGGAGUCUGUGAAAUGAUAUACUGAUAAUUUUUUCCCCUAAAAAAAUUACCUUGCAAGGGCGGCGUUUACAGUGGAUCUCUUUUUCUUACCUUCGAAACAUCACGAAUCUCAUUCGAUUGACGUGAUAGUCGAGCACACCCUCGAUGCAGGCGAUUCUCUUUGACUGCAUACGACUUUUUUCAAAUGGGCAAAAUAAAGACGGGCUUGAUUUACGGGCGCAGAAUGUUUCCGUCGAACUCGUAACUGAGCGAGGAAAUGCGUUGGGAUGACAUUGUUGAUAUACACGGACAGCUUGGGGGGGGUAUCUUUCGUCUUUCACGGAUAUCUAUAUGUUUGCAUAGAGUCGAAGGGCGUUUCUCGUUUGCUCCUCAAAUUUUGCUUGUUUGUGGAACCUUUUCCUU